AUGGAGAGCGAGAAUUCCGGUACUUAUGAUGGUUCAUAUAACAAACUGAUGAAUCAAGAGGACUUCAGUGGCGAUGAACUUACUCUCUACUCUAACCAAGAGAAAAAACAAGUGUCCAUGUCCAUGGUGAGACCUGAAUCCAGUUUGAAUCAUUACAAAGCGCUUACAGUGAGCCUGGCAGUGCUCGCUGUCAUUCUACUAGCAGUGGACAUUGGCCUGGGAGUCUAUUAUAGCAAAUUUACUGAUGGGCAGGAUACAAUAACGGACAUCAGUAUUGAGGUGACCAAACUGCAGGCUAUUUACGACACUGCAAUCCAAAGCAGGGACGAAGCCAAGAAACAGUUGGCAAGAGAGAUCAGUGAUCAGCAAUUUACCAAGUGGGAGCUUGAACACCAGAAUAGAAGACGCACAGGCUACGAACAACAGAGUAACAAGAUUCAAAUGGAAAUUGCAGCGUUGAAAUCCCACAUCCCAAUGAUUAAGGAUGGCUGCAGACACUGUCUACCAGGAUGGACUUUCAUUAACUCAGUGUGCUGGUACUAUCCUUUCUCUGAUGCUAUUACACGGAAAACAUGGCAGGAAGCCAGACAGUUCUGCAUGAAUCAAGGAGGUGACUUGGCAGUGAUAGACAGCAGAGAGAAACACCGGGCAAUAAAUGGCUUGUUAGGUAAUUAUCAAGAGCCCGGGAGAUACAUAAGCGAGAGUGGCUUUUGGAUCGGGUUGAGAGACGUGAAGGAGGAAGGUGUAUGGAAAUGGCUGGAUGAUUCAAGACUGAUUGAGGGGUACUGGAUUAAUGGAGAGCCCAACAACGAGGGUAAUGAGGACUGUGUAGCGUCAUAUCCCAAAAUGAACCCCUUUAAAACCUGGAAUGAUGUUCCAUGCAACAUUGUACUGAAAUGGCUUUGCCAAAUGACACCACGUUAA